AUGCAUACAUUGAAACUGUAUAUAAGCUGCAUUUACAAGUACAAAUUAAUUUUAACAUUAAUUCGUUUGCAGUUUAAAGUUUGGGUCAGUUGGGGUAAAUGGGGACAAAAUCCCUAUUUUUCACAAAUUACAAGGGCUGUUGGAUCAUCUUGGGGUCUAAAACCGGAUAUGGUUCAGUGGCUCUAUCGUAUGGUCCUGUUGCCAAGGUUUCUGCAUGCAGCAAUUGUUUGGUGGAUUAGAAGCCAGUGGAAAACGGUAAAAUUGAAAUUUGAACAACUGCAAGCAAUGGCGUUAAGAGGGAUUACUGGCGCAAUGAGAACCACGCCAACUUCUGCGUUAGGUUUCUUACUGGCGGAGGAACCUCUACACAUUUUAACGGUUAAAAAUAAGUUAAAAUAUAUUAUAACUGUACAUACUUGUAAAUGAUAAAUUAGGUAUUAAAAAUAAAUGAAAAAUAUAGUUAGAUUUUUGUUUUUAUUCGAACAUAAAAGAACGACGUUAAAGAAAUAAUAAUAAAAAAUUAAUAAAUCAAAGAGAGUAACUAAAAAAAUCAACGAUUUUUUUCUAAGUCCCUAAAUUUUUUAGACUUAUAAAAAAAAGUAUGUAAGAUUUUCUAAAAGCAUAUGGCAAAGUAUUUUGAGUUAUUUGAAAAUAAGUGAAAAUAGAUUUUCCAAGGACGGUGUCGAGGUCGCGGUGUCGCUUUUGGAAAUUUGUUGACUGUUGUUGUUGUAUAUAAUAGAAUAAUAAAAAAAAAUUUAAAUACAGUAGGACUCCAGUUAUCCGAGCUAAUGUGGACCGGACCUACCUCGUAUAAGGCGAAAAUUCGGAUAAUCCGAAUUGUUAUUACAAUUUAACAUUAUUAUUGUUUAAAAAAUUAUUAUUUAUUACAUACGGGAAAAUAAUAUUGUAUAUAUUCCAUAAUAAUUUAAACAAUUUAAAUUUAUUAAAAAUAAACUCAUAUUUAUAAAAAACUAAAAUUAAAAAUAACUCGGAUAAAGUAGACUAGACUCAGAUAAUAUAGAAUUUCCUACUGGGACACCACCUCGGAUAAUCGAGACCUCAGAUAAAGCGAGCUCGGUUAAACAGGGUUUUACUGUAAUAGUUUUGAUCGAAAAACAAAACCUGGAGCACAACUCCCUACUCUCCGCUGUUCAUUGAUUGGCAAGUUUACACCUUCACUGAUUUUCAAAGGAGUUGUUUUUGUUGAAGGGGUGAGUUUUAAAAAUUGGGCAUAUUUUUUUAGUGGAGCCCAAAAAUAUAGCGUAUUCGAUAUUUUUAAAAUUUUUAGUUUUUACAUAGUCCAAAAAUGUAGUGCAGUCUGUUAUCUAAAUUAUUUUUGUGAGCACCUCAAAAACAACCAUCGUAAUAUUUGGACUCCGCCCAUUUUUCAAAAACUAUCCUUUUAACUAAAACAGAAGUAAAAAACAUAACAUAAUUCUGUAGUUCUUCUUUUCAAUUGGAUCAAAUAUUUUUAGUCUUCUCAAAAACAUCCAUCCCGAUUUUUGGGCUUCACCCAUUUUCCAAAACUACCCUUUUAACUACAACAGAACUAAAAAACAUAACAUAAUCCUGUAGUUCUUUCUCUCAAUCGGGUCAUAUAUUUUUGGGCUUCACAAAAACAACCAUUCAAAUUUUUAGGCUCUACUCAUUUUUAGGGAAUAAGCCCAAAAAUUGAGAGUCGCAAUAUUGAAGAGCCCAAAAAUAUUGAAACACGUAAGAAAAAGAAAAAAAAAGCGGAAAUAGAUCAAAGUUUUCACUUGCGAUUAAGGUUAGGGGUUUACUCUUGUUCACUAAGUAAUGAAUUUCGAACAAAUAGGUAUAAUUUUUGUAAAACUCGUUGGUCAUAUUGGAUGCACUAUUUUGAAAUUUUGAAAACGGACAUCGGAUUCGUAAUCAGCGACCCAAAAAACCCCCGAGUAACGAGUUUCAAGCGAAUCCGAUGAAUUUAUUAAUUCGAAAAAUAGGAAAAUGUAAGUUGCUGAUAUUAAAAGGGGUUGUUUUUGUUGAAGAGGUGAUUUUUAAAAAUCAGGAAUAUUUUUUUUUGGAGUCCUAAAAAGCCCAAAAAUCUAGUGUAGUCUGUUUUCUAAAUUGUAAUUGUGGAGGUGCUGGUUUGAUGGACCUACGUUGCUACUACUCGGAAACUCAUUUUAAAAAAAUAAUAAAGUCAAGCGUGAACAAGUGUAAAUGUGAACAUUUAAAAAAAAAUGAAAAUGUUUUAAUUAGGUUAAGGAAUAUUUUGAUAGCCCUUAAUGAGCCCUAAAUUUUCCUUGUAGUUAGAGCUUAGUAGGAAUAGUGAUAAAGAAGGUAUGCGUGGUUCAGGCCAGCUUCAAUGUGAAGCUGGCAGGAACCUUAAUUUAAGAAAUAAAUUAAAAGCCUAAAAUUUAGGAUAUUCAAGCCUUGUUAGCCCUAAAUGAACCUUAAAAGUUAGUAAAUUGCUAAUACUAAUAUCAUGGUAUGUUCAGGCCUACUUCACAGACGUCCAUUUUUUGGUAUACUUUUCUAAAAAAUUAUUUAAUUCAUCUGUUCAGGCCUUGUUGCAUUUAAUUACAAAUAGAGUCAAGUAUUCAAUCAAUAGUUACAAGACCAAUUAUACGACUUUUUGUCUUUUCCUAAAUAUGUUUGGCUUUAUUUUAAUAAGAUGAGAUUUUAUUUACAUUUUGCAAUAAAUUUUUAAACAAAAUAUGACUUUUUUAGUAUACAAUGCUGAUCUUCUUUAGAUUUUUUUUCAUUAUAAUUAUCUAACAAAUUUUUAACUAAAAUUCUUCUCUAAAUUAAUUAUUUUCAAUAAUUUUAAUGAAAUUCUUCUUAAA